AUGUUCUUCAUCAAAGAACUGUCGCACACAAUCCAUCUCCACCCGUCUUACUUCGGCCCCCGGAUGCUCAACUUCCUCGAGUCGAAGCUCUACUCCGACGUCGAGGGCACUUGUUCCGGCGAGUUUGGCUACAUCAUCGCCGUCGUCUCCAUCCUCGACAUCGGCAAGGGCCUCGUCAUGCCCGGCAACGGCCAGGCCGAGUUCGUGACGCGCUACCGCGCCAUCGUCUUCAAGCCGUUCAAGGGCCAGGUCGUCGACGGGGUUGUGGCCUCGGUGUCCAAGAUGGGCUUCUUCGCGGAGGUCGGACCCUUGAACGUAUUCGUGUCACAGCAGCUCAUCCACCCGGAGCUCAAGUUCGACCCGAACUCCAACCCGCCGUCGUUCGCGUCGGAGGACCAGAUCAUCGAGAAGAACACGCGGGUCCGCCUAAAAAUCGUCGGCACGCGUGUCGACGCGACGCAGAUCUUCGCGAUUGGGACGAUAAAAGAAGACCACCUAGGUGUGAUAGAUUAG